CCCCCCCCCCCCCCCCGACGGCCGACAAUGUUAGGCGGAGGCGAGCAGCGGCAUAUGGGCGUGGACAGUGAACCGUUGACUCCGCUGCCAAUCAACUCUAGGGCAUUGGUUGUUGUCGAUCCGUCAGCACUUAAGCAUGUUGGAGAGAGUGCUCCCUUUUCAAGGGAGGACAUGCAAAAUGGAAUGCAUGGUCAGCCUGCUGAGUCAGUUGUAAACCAUUCUAAGAAACUACAGGAUGAUCUGCAGGAGCUGGGUGAAAAGAUUAAGCAUCAUGAGGUCAAUGUCAAAUACUUAAAGACUCUGAAAAACAAACUGGAAGACUCAAUUCUCGAAAUGCAAGUUUCUAUUGGGAAGUAUCACACAGCAAGUUUCUCCAAAGUGGAAAAUGAAGACCCUUCCUCUGUGGAGAGUGAGGAAGAAAUAAUUCAGCAUAUUCUGAAGUGCAAGAAGUCUGUAGCUGCCCUUUUGUGCAGGAUGAGAAGUAACCCUGAAGCUCAGGUUUCUGAUCAUCCAUUGAUGAAAGAUGUGCUUGGUAUAGUGGCUACACUUGGAAAAGUUGAUGAUGUUAACCUUAGCAGGCUUUUUUCAGAGUAUUUGGGACUAGAAACCAUGCUAGCAGUGGUCUGCAAGACGUUUGAAGGUGUCAAGGCCCUGGAAGGAUAUACGAAAGAUGGUUUAAUAAAUAAAGGUUUCGGAAUUGAUGCAUUUGCAGCAUCGACUGGGAGGCCUCAGGAUGACCGUUUUCUUGUUAUUUGUCUUGAAAACCUAAUACCAUAUGCUGGUGAGCUCAUAGCUGAUGACCCUCAAAGGAGGCUUGAUCUUCUAAAACCAAGAUUAAUCAAUGGGGAAACUCCUCAAGGUUUUCUUGGUUUUGCUGUUAAUAUGAUCACAAUUGACAAUACUAACUUAUAUGGUAUCUCGAAAACUGGGCACAGUCUACGGGAGACACUAUUCUAUUACCUCUUCUCGAAUUUGCAAGUAUACAGAUCAAGGGAAGACAUGUUAAAGGCUCUCCCUUGUAUACCAAAUGGAGCCAUAUCUCUAGACGGAGGAAUGAUAAGAAGUCCUGGAGUAUUCGCCUUGGGUCAUCAUCGGGAAAAUAUAGAUGUCAAGUUCCCCUGUGAUUGCCAAAGGUUCAACCUCCCUGUGAACUAUUUUGAGACUGAAAAUCAAUUGAAGGAGACCAAACGAAAGAAGGAUCGAGCAUGGGAAGAUCUGCAGAGAGAACAAGCACUAUUAGACCAUGUGAGGUACAGCUAUGAAACAAAGAAGAGAGAAUUUGUCCAGUUUCUUGCUGAAACCUCAUCUUAUUCAACUCAGUAUCAGGUGGGGCGUGUAUCAACACCAAGAUGAUUUCGUGGAAGCAAGUGGUCGACCAAUAGCAGAUAGAUAGGCAAGGUUUCCUCAACCUCAACUUCCCUUGUUGAAACCUUGUGCAUAUGGGUGUACAAUAGAUUUGACGUGAGGAAAUGCUUUGUUUUAAAUUUUAGGGAAGUAUCUUUUGUGAAGAUACAAUUUGCAUUGUUUUGCUCGCUACAUCAAUAUAACUUAGUUAGACAGUUUAGCUGUAUGGUGUCCAAGAAAAUGCUUAUUAGCGCAGACGAUGUUGUCAGCUCUGUGUGCCUUAUAUAAAACCUCUUGUUCAGUAGUCUUGGACCAAUGAUGUUAUUCAUUGUAGGAUGACGGAUUCCAGUGGGCUAUCUUGUUCUAAGAUUCUUAUGAUUUGGGUAAAUUACAAGCUUUG